CAUGGAGACUGUUAGUGCGUUCGUGUGGAGGAAUGCAAAGCAACACGGACAGGUCGUCAUUAACACACAACACUAUUCACUGUGAGCUCGUAUAGACUUGGUGAAGUGAACAUGGGAUGCAGCAGUUCUGUCAAGGUCCAACCUUUCACACCGGGACAAGUGAAAGUAGACGAGGAUGAGACUGGAAGUAAGCACAGCGGGCGUGGUGACUCGGCUGUGUCAAAGGGCACCACAGACAGCGGUGUGGUGUUGGAGAACCGAGAUGCCUCUGUGCUACCUGGAGCCAUUCCCAGAAAACCCCCUCCACUCACAUCAGUGGGUGCCGCUGAAAGUGGGGUGGAAAAGACAUUACAGCAUGGUGUACUCCAGGACAACAGCACACAAGAGCGUUUAAAGUCCAGUGAUAUUCUGAAGGAGCUGCUGCACCAGGGUAUUAUUCCAGUGACCGAGGUCAGAGAGAGCAGGACAGGAGGGUCUUAUAGCAUUAUGCUAAAUGACAGCGAGGAAGUCUUAAGAAGACCUCCUCCAAGACUGGAGUCCCUGAAGGGGAUGAAGAGAAAAGAAACCAGCAGAGAGGAAAGUGAGGAGAAAAUGAGACUCGCCGAGGAGAGACGAAAGUUAAAAGAAGAUGAGCUCAAGAGACGUUUGAGGGCAAAAUCAGCCCGUGCUGGUCACCGCCAGACCUUUGCUUCCAGUACUGAAGAGGAUGGAGAUACAACUGUCACAGCUGUGAAGUCUUUACAGUCAUCUCCCAUUCCUGAGCCAAGUCCCACAAGCCAGAACAAUCUGUCAGAUCCAGCACCUCACAGCCUGGUCACACAUGACACAGCUGCUGAGGGCAGAGAGGGGUCGAGGAGGCCUGGAGGAGACAAAGUAGGAGGAAACAAGGAGCUGAAUACAAGUGGAGAGAAGAGAGCAGUGGAGAGUGUCACAGAAACAACAGAACAAGACAAGAAGGAGGAGACCACCCAGGUUCAAGAGCUAAAGGAGGACAAGCUCCUAACAGACUCACCUGAGCUGGAGAACGAUUCUACCUUUCAGCAUCCUUUAGAUGAUGAUGAAACAUUUUAAAUAAUUUGAUAAAUGAGCCAUCAGCAGUGAG